GGAGGCCCAGGAUGGGGCCGGGGAAGGCUCUCAGGAAAUAGGCGGGGUCCUGGAGAAGGGAGGAGGAAGAUGGCAGAGACCGAGGCUCAGCUGCUGCUGAGUGUGGGGCUGAUUGUGCCAUCGGUGUGUCUGUUGCUCUUCAGAGUUCAAGAGGGCAGCUCCCUGCCCUGAGGAGCGUACAGUCUAAAAUUCAGUACAAGGGGUGCACAGAGGAAGGGAAAUACAGGGCAGAGAAAAAGAUACCAAUGGAGAUACUCUCUGGGUCUGGUGCUAUCCUUCUACAACAACUGAAUUAAGGGACCUCUUGUUGAGAAAAUGCUGCCUUACAGAUGAAAGCAAACAGCUUCGCUCCUUCGCAUUUGGUCAGUACAGGCUGACGUGGUUUUAUGUUACAACCAUGGAAGUACCAGAUUCUUCAGCCUUGAAAAAGGUGACCCAUUUUUCCAUUGUCCUGACUACCAAAGACUUUAACCCGGAGAAAUAUGCAGCCUUCACUAGGAUCCUCUGUCGAAUAUACCUGAAAUAUGGGAGUCCGGCGAAAAUGAUGGAGAGCUAUAUUUCUGUCCUUACAAAGGGGAUCUGCCAGAGUGAAGAAAACGGAUCUUUCCUGAGCAAAGAUUUUGAUGUCAGAAAAGCUUACCUUGCAGGCUCAAUCAAAGAUAUAGUAUCUCAAUUUGGAAUGGAAAUAGUCAUCCUGUAUACUGCACUCAUGUUAAAGAAAAGAAUUGUAGUGUAUCACCCCAGAUUAGAAGCCAUCCAGGAAUUUACAAGGACUCUACCAGCCUUAGUGUGGCAUCGCCAAGACUGGUCAAUCCUUCAUUCACACGUACAUCUGAAUGAUGAUGAACUAGAAGCAUUAAAGACAUGCCCAGGUUAUGUUGCUGGAUUUAUGGACUCAGAAGUGAGCAACAGGCCAGACCUCUAUGAUGUCUAUGUGAAUCUGGCUGAAAGUGAAAUCACCAUUUCACCGCAAGCGAAAGAGGCAAUGACGAUGGGGAAACUCCACAAAGAAAUUGGUCAGCUCAUCGUUCAGUCCGCAGAAGAUCCUGACAAAUCAAACAGUCAAGUUGUUAAGGAUAUUUCACUGAAGACAAAAGAAAUAUUGACAAACCUAGCCUCCUUCACAGAGGUCUUGCAUGAUGGAGAGAAGCCGUCACUUAACUUUGAAGCACUGAAGCAGAAGAGAUUUCCACCAGCUACAGAGAAUUUCCUCUAUCAUUUGGCAGCCGCUGAACAAAUGCUUAAGAUCUGAUGGGUGGACUUCAUACAGCGAUUCAAAGAUCUCUCUGCCGCCAUGUUUUCUGAGCAUCCCAUACCUACAUAGAACAUUCCGCAGAGGAAAGAGCAUUUCUAUCUGGAGGGGGGAGUAAGGAGGUUGCAGGCUUGAGAUAAAACACUGCAGUGUGUAGCGGAAAACACUUCUUUCCCCCCAUUUUUUAAUUUAGGGUUUUCUACAAAAUGGGACAGAUUUCUUCCUUUUAAGACAAAAUGAAAAGACAGCUUACAUAAAGGACGUAAGGCUACAAGUUUUUCUGUAUUAAAGUGGAAAAUUUGAUAAACCCUAUCAGCACCCUAGUGUAAAAAAACAGGAUGCUGCAAAAGUGAUAAUGAAAAUAUGAAAGCCAUUAAAAUAGACAAAUCAUCUGUCUUACGUAAACCAUUUAGAGUCGCUAAUCAACCGGAGCCCAAAGAGCUGCACAAGAGUGGGGCCCUUUUUUUUACUUAAAUGCCUAUUGGAGAGGGGAGCAGGAUUGCAUACACUAGCCACAGAAUGUUAAUCUGCCUGCUAGCUGCCUGUCUGGUGGCUUGGCUUUUAGCCUUGAUAGAUCCCUUUGCACUUACAGCUUUUCCUGAUGAUUAUGAACCCAUCAGUUCAGGGUUCCUGGUUACAAGGAAGAGUCCUGUGUGUAUAUACAGCUGUGCAUGUUUGUAGAGCCCCCUCUCAUUAAUUCUGGGUGCAUGGGGAGGGCUGAGCAUUUGGGGCAGUGAGCAUGAUCCCACCCCCGCCAAGAAACCCUUCAUGCAUUUGGUGGCAGAGGUUGUGCUAGAGUCAAGGGCUAUACCAUCAGUCUUAAGAGGGAAGAGCCAGAUUAUACAUUACACACAAACCUGUGUAUCUGAAACCCACGGCUGCUGCUGUUAGGCAAAAGAAGCUGCAAGAAAGAUGGUACUGCCUCUUCCUGCUACUACUUCCCCCAUGGGGUGUCAAGAGAGGUUUGUAAGAGUAAGCAUGUACCUGAAACUUAGCAGGAUGGACCCAUCAUCUGGCAAAAAUAAGCCUGAUUAAAGUUGUCCCCCACCCCCCUUAAAGCAGCUGCCACUGAGGUUUGAAUAUAUGUGUCUGUGUGUAAUAUGUAGUCUGGCCCCGAUCCCAGAAAGUUAAUUAUUACAAACCAAGAAAUAUGAGAACUGUUGAAGAGCCUCUGCAGUUGCACUUUCUGUACAAAAAAAAAUCCUUUAAGUUCCUAGACUUUGUAAAAAAAAAUAAUGCCUUAGCACAUGGUGGGUGUAGGGUGGAAUUCACCAUCACACUAUGGUGAACUUUCUAUCUGCACAAGCAUUGCAGCACAGGCCAGAAGGACCAGUCCUUUCUCUCCUGCACAGUUUAGGGGGUGGUAUCCUGACCCCUCCACCCUUAAGCCAAUUUCAAGGGGCAAGCCCUGUUGCAGAAAUUUUUGCACAGGGUAUCCGCUGAAUCCCACCCUAUAUACUUCUGUUAUUUUUUAAAGUUUGUACUUAUUAUUUCUACUGCUAUCAUAUUUUGAAAUACUAUUCAAUUAUUUAAGUCACGACUGUGUUCUAGCAAUAUCAAUUUCAGAGUCAUUUGUCUUCUACUUGUACUAUGACCUCUAAGGAACUUGAAUUAGGUGUUGUAGUAUGAAGGAUACAAAAAGAAAAUUAAGACAGCUAUGUAUACGUAUCAGUCCUAGGAAGUUUGUAAGUGUGACUACCGCUCUUCUAUUUUCAGGGGGCCCGUCAUUCACUUUUGUAUAGAAAUGUUUGAGCUAACUGUGUGUAAAUCAAAAAGCCCGCUGAACAAAAGUUUACCUCUCCAGUUUUGGUGCGACUCCAUUCCUCUCAUAAAUUUCAAGACUGUAAAUGUCAUUUUGCUAAUACG